AUGAUUUUGCAACGGAUACUGAAGAAAACAGUAGUAGGAAUAGUUGCACUGAGCUAUUUGCAAAGGUCUAGCUGUGCAGAUAAAGAAAUGAUAAGUAUAAGAGAUUAUUGGGGAAAAAAUAUAGAUUGCAUGAAAAAAGCGAUCAGGGUUCGUCUUGGCUUGCUUGACGAGAUAAGGUCUAUCUGUGAAGAAGAGCCAUCUGAUGUUCUCAGUAAAAGUCUAAAAGAAGGAGAGGCAAAUAUGUCUAACAUAAAAACAGAUUUUUUGACUCUUUACUUAAACACAGAGUCUAUACUAGAAAAGAUAGAAUUGCUAGAUUAUUUAAGUAGAAGCGGUGGAUCAGAUAAAGACGCAGACCAUCUAUAUGAACAAAUAAGGAAGCUGCUUGCAUCGAAUCUUGAUGACAGUGAUUUAGCAUGUGAUCGAAUACACAAGUUUGAUUCUCAUAUGUUGGAUGCAAUUGGAGAGUACAGCAGCCAAAUGAAUAACACAGAUGUAAUACUACAGGAGCUAACCUUGUUUAAGCUAGCAAAGAGCAAUAAGCCUUUUGCCGUGGAUAUGCUAUACGCUCUUAUUAGAGCAAAGGCAUAUAAACCAGGCUAUGUUGUUGAAGACACACUGAAUUAUAUAGGCCAUGAAAUGAGAGACUAUCUUUUUUCCAUGGAUUUUGAAAGCUACAAUAGCGCUAUAUGGGAUGAUGUAGAUAAAGGUGAGUUCAAUCUAUUUGCAUCAGCAGAUAAACAUUUCUCGCUACUAUUUACAAAAUAUGGAGCUGACAAAGAAGUAAUGGACAUCUAUUUUGACCUAAUCAAAGAAGAUAUUUCUGAGGAAGAAGCAGAUAAGUACAUGGAUAUUACGCCAGGGCAGAUCAUAAAACUGAUAUUGAUAGAGAUGGCGAUGAACGCAGAUCUUAUGGACUACAGAACAAACAGUUUGUUCUGCAACCUUGGAAAGAUAAUAGUGAGAAUAGGAAGAGCAGCUAACGGUAAUAGAAAAAACAAAAAAAAAGGUUUAAGAAUAAUAAUAGAAAGAAGAGAUAGAAUUCUUGAAGCUUUAACCCUUCUGUGGAAUGAUUGCAUUGAAAUUAAUAAAGCUACAGUUAAAGAAAGCAUUGAACUCUUCUGUAGAGAUAAUAAUAUUGAAAUCGACCGUUUUGAAAAUAUACAGAAAGAUUUUUCGUCUGCUAAAUGGAUGUAUAAAUUAAAAAUAGCCAAUCCAACAACAGAAAAGAUCGACGCUGAACCAAAAUUGCUCAGAAAACACUACUUUGCUAUGUCCUGCACUCAUCCUAUGUACUAUUUGUAUCAGCAAUGCGAAGAUAUUAAACAUUUGGCGAGAAAAGAUCUCGAGUCCAACAAAGAGCUUCUUAUAGAAAGAGACUCAGAUGGUAUUUUUAUAUUCAGGAUAUAUAAGAUAGGCAAUGGCGCUAUUGACAAUUUAGAGAAGGCACAUAUUAUGAAAAACUGUAUUAGGAUAUGGUUUGAAUAUAUUAUUAAAAUUUUCUAUAGAAUAGAAGAUGGUAAAGAAUAUAGUUUUGUAGCCUAUGAUUUUGAAAGAUAUUUGAAUCAAUCACAAUAUGUGCUCAGAGCAAAAGCGUAUACUACUGACUCUUUAGAGAAGCCAAACUUAAAGAGAAAGGCUUCAAAUAGUCCAACUUCCACAAAAAAAAUAUAG